GGGAUCCGCCAUAAUAGAAAAGAAGAGGAAGAAAUAGAAGAAGAAGAAGAGGUUGUUAAUUUUUUUUUAAACCGUCAUUUUCAGCCUUUAGACACCGUAAUAAUCUCUGUGAUGACAGCGACUGGGGGAAACGAGCUCGGUGGUGGAGACAGCAUCCUGGAGCCUCUGAGUUUUCCAGAACUGGCAGCUGGAGGUACCAGUUCUCCCAGUCUGCUGCAGCAUCCCAGUGACGAGCUGCUGGUUUGCCUCUUCUGCUCAGACUCUGUCCCUCUGCUGCAGAAAGACGUCCUCUUCAGACACCUGCUGCUGGACCACAAGCUGGUCAUUGCUGAUGUCAGGCUGAUCGCCAACCUCCCAAGGUACCUGGUUUACUGGAAGGGCCGCUUUCUGGAACAGCCAGUCACUGAUUUCUGCAGCGUGAUAAAGACCAACUCUACAGGCCCAGUUGACAAACAGGAGGACUACUUCCUGCUGUGUGACGUCCUCCCGGAAGACCGAGUACUACGAGAGAAACUCCAACAACAACGGCUGGAGGAGGUGCUGGAGCAACAGCAGAAAGAGCGAGACGACUGCCACUUCCACCGCCUCUGCUUAUUCUGCAGCGAGGAGUUCACUGGAAACAGGGCGUCGCUGCUGAACCACAUGGCCAGGGAUCACUCGUUCAGCAUCGGGCUGCCAGACAACAUCGUGUACUGCAAUGAGUUCCUGGACACACUGCAACACAAACUGGACAGCCUGCAGUGUUUGUACUGUGAAAAAAUAUUCAGAGAUAAAACGACACUGAAGGAUCACAUGAGGAAAAAAGCUCACCGUCGCAUCAAUGCCAACAACCACGAAUACGACCGCUUCUAUGUCAUCAACUACCUGGAACUGGGAAAAACUUGGGAGGAGGUGCAGAGUGAAGAUGACCGGGAGCUGGUGGACGGUGAGGAUGAUGACUGGUCGGACUGGAGAGCCCAUCCUGUCUCUGCUGUUUGUCUCUUCUGUGAUCAUCAGUCAGAAACCAUGGAGCAGAUUUAUAAACACAUGAAGGAUUCACACGGCUUCAACCUUCAGGAACUAAAGACAGAGAAAAACCUUAAGUUUUACCAGCAAGUUAAGCUGGUCAAUUUCAUCCGGCGGCAGAUCCACCAGAGCCGUUGCUAUGGCUGCCAGGAGAACUUUGACUCCAGAGCAGACAUGUUGGACCACAUCAUAUCUGAGGGUCAUGUGAUGAAACUGCCGCAGAUGUCUACCUGGGACCAGCCACAAUAUUAUUUCCCAACAUAUGAGAACGAUGCCCUCCUGUGUACGCUGUCUGAAGAUGAAGGGGACGAGACGUGUCAAAGCGAGGACAUACCAGUGAUAGCAGAGGACAUAUCCAACCUAAGAGCGCUAAAACAGAACAGCAUCCUCAACCAGCUCGUGAAAGACAAAGACUCCCGCAGAAAGGAUGAUGGAUAGACUCUAUAUUUAUUAUUUCUGGACUUCUAACAAUAUAGCACUUUCCCAGCUUUCUCACUGUGGGGAGACUUCCUGGGGCUGUUACCCGAAAAACAUGAACCUAUAUCUAAGACUUUAACAAAAUAAACAAGCUAAGAUAUGA